AUGCAGCAAAUACAUAAAACCAAAAAUACGAAAUCGAGAAAGAGUUGUUCAGUUCCGCAGUGCUCUUCAUAUUGUACAGACAGUGUUUCUUUACACAAAUUUUCACUUUGGAACCCCAAAUUGUGUAAAAGAUGGAGGAAUUUGUUGAAGAUUGGUAAACCAAUAACCAAUAAUAUGUACGUUUGUAGUGAGCACUUCUUACCUAGAGAUUUUACAUCCUUCAAUAAAACUUUAACUGAAGGUUCAUCAACUGGUAAACCACGACAGCGGAUCAAAAAGAUAGCCAUACCUUCCGUGAACCUUCCUAAGUCAUCACAUGAAAAUACAAAGUGUGAGCGAAGAAUGUGA